AUGACAAACGCUCAGAGAGGGUCGCGCGUCGUGUUCGUGGGCAACAUCCCCUACGACAUGUCCGAGGAGCAGCUGGUCGAGGUCUUUUCCGAGGUCGGCAAGGUCGUCGGGUUCCGCCUGGUCAACGACCGCGACACGGGCAAGUUCAAGGGCUACGGCUUCUGCGAGUUCGAGGACCCGGAGACGGCGGCGUCGGCGGUGCGCAACCUCAACGAGGUCGACCCCGGAGGAGCGCCGCAGUGGGGCAACCGCGCCGGGCGCGACAAUGGAUACGGCGACCGGAUGCAGGACGGCGGCUUUGGCGGAGGAGGGCCGGGGGGCUUUGGCCAGCAGGGCGCUCCUCCUGCGGGCCCCGGUGGAGCGGUGCUGCCUCCCAACCUGCCGACCGGCGUGCCCCUGCCGCCGGGUGUCGGUGCCACGGAUGCCAUCACGCAGACGCUGGCCACGCUUCCGCCCAACCAACUCCUCGACAUCAUGGGCCAGAUGAAGGCCCUCACCGCCACGUCGCCCGACCAGGCCCGGGCUCUCCUGACGGGGCAUCCCCAGCUCGCCUACGCCCUGUUCCAGGCGAUGCUGAUGAUGAACGUCGUCGAUCCGGCCAUCCUCCAGAGGAUCCUCGCUGGCGGUCUGGGAGCGCUGGCGGGCCAGAACCUGGGCGAGGAGCAGCGGCAGCUGCUGAUGCAGGUGCUCCAGCUCACCCCGGACCAGAUCAACGCGCUGCCUCCGGAUCAAAAGGCCAGCAUCAUGCAGCUCAAGGCCCAGUUUGGCCAGGCCUGA